UCUAGUAAUCUAGUAAUAUUUAGUAAUUAUUUAAACCAGACUUUGUUCUGGCUCCCCCAAAAUUCCAACACUGUUCGAUGGGCACCAAGGGCAAGGCGGGAUUGGACUUCACCAGCAAGGUGGUCCUAAUUACAGGCGCAGCCUCUGGCAUUGGUGCCGCCACGGCUGAAAUGUUUGCGAGGCUGGGCGCCAGCUUGGCGCUGGUGGAUCGCGAUGAGGAAGGCCUAAUGGGCGUAAUGAAAAGGUGCGUGUGCUUAGGUAACAAUCCGUAUGGCAUAGCCGGGGACCUUCUCAAGUUACCCGAGAUCGAGUGUAUUGCGGAGAAAACCAAGGAGCGGUAUGAUGGUCAGUUGGAUGUCCUAGUGAAUGGAGCAGGCAUUAUGCCCACGGGGACCCUGCAAACCACCGAACUGACCUGUUUCUCCCAUGUGCAAGAUGCCAAUGUGCGGUCCUUGUUUUACUUAACCAAACUGCUGCUCCCGCAGCUGCUCCAUUGCAGGGGCAGCAUCGUAAACGUGUCCUGCGUCUGUGGGAUGCGCGCCUUACCGAAUCAAGUGGCCUACAAUAUGUCGAAGGCAGCGGUGGAUCAGUUCACCCGCUCUUUAGCCCUGGAUCUGGGCCCGCAGGGCGUCCGCGUAAAUGCAGUGAAUCCUGGCGUGAUACGAACCAAUCUACAGAAAGCCGGAGGAAUGGAUGAGGAUAGCUACUCGGAGUUUCUGGAGCGAUCAAAUCAGACUCACGCCCUGGGUCGGGUAGGAGAUCCCGCCGAGGUGGCUUCGGCUAUCUGCUUUCUGGCCAGCGAACUGGCUAGCUUUGUGACAGGCGUCACCCUGCCUGUGGAUGGUGGCAAGCAACUUAUGUGUCCUCCCUAAGUCCUCAGUUUCUUGAUAAAUUUCUCGCCACGGUUCAACUGCGUUCACGGAGUUGUUGUCAUCAAAUCAAAUCCUCAGUUUAUGUAGAAAAAAGAAAAAGAAAAAAAGUUCUAAUAUUUGGUUUAAA